UCAACGAAUAGUAUCAUGGAGUCAGUUUACUUGUGUUGUUUAUUCUAUGCAUUGAUUGGUCUUGGAAAAACGUAUGAGAACGUAGCCUUAAACAAACCUGCUUGGCAGCAGUAUCCUUACUCUGGUAGACUUUGGGGAGCGGAUCGUGCUGUGGACGGACGGUAUACAGACCUGUCUGCUGCUGGAGGACAGUGUGUUAUAUCUAGCAAUAAUGAUCAGACAGCAGAAUGGAGAGUGGAUCUGGGAGAAGUACUCAGUAUACACCACAUCUUUAUACAGUACAGAACUGAAAAUAUUGUCUGGGAUGCAACCAAUCCAUUUAGUGGGGACUUCUUGGGAUAUUCUGUCUAUGUAUCAAACUCAACAAACAAAGAUAAUGGAGUCUUGUGCUUUGAGGAUACCAAUUAUAACAGAUUCAUAAUGCCAAAUCCUACAAACAUCACGUGUAUCACCCAAGGAAGAUACGUCAUCUACUAUAACAACAGGACAAAUCCUCCAUAUCCUGAUCUUUAUUCCAUUUCUGCCAACAAUGAUCUCUGCGAAGUAGAAGUAUAUGGAUGUCCUACACCAGGAUAUUACGGAGAGGACUGUUCUUUACCGUGCCCACAGAAUUGUCAGAAAGGUCACUGUCACAUCGUGAAUGGAACAUGUCUUGGUUGUGUUGAUGGAUACAGGGGAACAACAUGUAAUGAACAAUGUCUUAAUCAAACGUACGGUACUGAGUGUCAGCAAAUGUGUGGAAACUGUAAUAAUGAAGAACCUUGUAAUCCCGUGAACGGAAGUUGUCUAAACGGCUGUGACAGAGGAUGGUACGGCGAAAAGUGCAAUUUGGUUUGCCCUGAAGGAUGGUAUGGUUCCAGCUGUCGAGGCGAAUGUAGCAUCAACUGUGGAGUUCCAUACAGAUGUGACAGAGUGACUGGGCAGUGUGAGGGAGGAUGCCAAGUGGGAUGGAAAGGGAUCAAAUGCGAUUCACAAUGUGGCGAUGGUAAGUUUGGACAGAAUUGCAGCUCACUCUGUGGCCACUGUCAUGACAAGGAACAAUGUCACUACAUCAAUGGUACCUGUUUCCACGGAUGUGAUGACGGCUAUCAAGGAAGUGAUUGUACACAAGAGUUCAAAUCAGCUUCAGGUGACCAUGCAUCGACAUUCCAAUCAUCUACUACACUCUAUGUUUUUGUGACCAUUAUAGUGCUUAGCGUAUUAUUAAAUGUGGUUUUGGUUAUCAGACAACUGAGAAAGAGCAUGUGUACAUGUUUGCAACAAAAGACCAAAGAGAACGUCGAUAAACAUUUUGACGAAAGCAUCAUCAAUUCAGAAAAGACAAACCCAGUGUAUGACCAAGAAUAUCACAACGCUGCGUAUCAAGAGCUUGGAGAAUUAUCAAAAGAAUCCCAGUAUGAUAAACUUUCUUGACGGAAUUGUUUGGUGUUAGAUUAUUUUGCGUGAACUCUUCAGGAAGGAGUCUUCUCGUUAUCAUACAUCCAUCUUUUAAUAAAAAAAUCAGGAAAUUUUGACACAGUCAAGCAGUUAAAUAACUAAAUGAUUCUAUCACUUAAAUCAAAUUUGACCUCUUUGUUUUUGUAUAAAGGUCAGUUCAAUGUAACUACCUUUUUCCUUAACUUGAAGGAUUAUUAAAACAAAUAAAGUUCUUUGCAGUUUUGUGGACAUCCGUUUAGAUAUGAAGAUUCUAUUCUUCAGUGAAAUGAUAGACUAUCAGAAUGUCUAUCAGUUUAUACAACUAAAUUGGAAUGAAUAUUGAAACUAAAAUUGAGAUUGCUUAGCCCGUGUGUCCUCUAAUGUCUUUAAAUUUUAAAGAUAUUUUGAUUAUUUUUUAUGCUUCCAAUUUUAAGAUAUUUCUAAUUUUUACGUAUUAUGAAGACUUUAUAAAGAAAUAAAUUAACAGAAAAGCUAAUAUUGACCAUUUAGUGAUUUUAGUUAUUUUUUCACACAAAUCACUGUAUUGAAUUGGCGCUUUAAAAAGCUUAUAAAAUGUAAUUUGAUAGGUAAAUCAUAUUUGAAAAACAUAUUCUGAAACCCAAGUAUCAUAUCAUUAGUUCACAUUAGUUACAAAUCCUACAUUAAUGUUAUUGUUUUAAAAAUGCUAAGACAGACUCAUUAAUCUACAGCAAUUCUGAAUUGCGAAACAUGUUUUAUUUUCCUACGCCAAUAUUUCGCCAAAAAUAUAGUCCUUAUUAAAAUUCUUAACAUUGAUUACUAUUUCUAUGCCAAGUUGUAUGAUAGUGAAAAAUAA